GUGUGCAAGGCGCUGGGCUGGAUGUGGGGAAUAUAAGGGGAAAAUGAAAACAAUCUGUUUUACAAUAAAUUCUACUUUGAGAACAUUUGACAUUUAUCUGAAAAAUUUUUUAUAGCUCCUAAAAGGAAUUUAUUCUCCCUAUCCCAAAAGAUCAGGGAGGCUUGGAGAAUUCCUUUGAAGGAGGAUGUUGAAUAUUAUUAAGCUCAAAGAGCUAAAAACACCAUUAACUCCAGGCAUCUGUAUGACUAGGAUCAACACUAAACAACAUCUGGAGUCAAAAAGGAAGUGAUAUAGAAUCCACGAUAACCCAGAUCCCUGACUAGCUGCCUUCAGCCUGUUUUGGGGAAAAAUGGGAGGUUGGAAUCCUGCCCUUCACAUGAUUCUCCUCCCUCUUAUCCCCUCCCUAAUCUGUUCUCUGAAUCAGUGACCCUGAGCAUCUGGGCUUUGCUCUUGUGGAGUCAAGACUACAAAAAGGACAGCUUGUACAUCUAGCUACAUUUCAGAUUGUUUGUUCUCUCUUCUUUUUCAGAAACUGAGGAACUGAAAAUCAUGGCUGCAAAGCCUAAACUUUAUUACUUCGAUGGAAGAGGCAGGAUGGAAUCUGUGCGCUGGCUCUUGGCUGCUGCUGGGGUGGAGUAUGAUGAAGUGCUUUUGCAAACAGCUGAAGAACUUCAGAAUUUAAUUAAGGAUGGCAAACUACUGUAUGAACAAGUACCAAUGGUGGAAAUUGAUGGAAUGAAGAUGGUACAAACCAGAGCCAUCCUGAGAUAUAUAGCUGCAAAAUACAACUUGUAUGGGAAGGACCUGAAGGAGCAACUCCUCAUUGACAUGUAUGUGGAAGGAAUGAGAGAUCUGUACGACAUGAUCAUGUUGCUUCCGUUGGCUUUGCCUGAAGAGAAGGAGAAGAAUCUUAGCUUCAUCGCUGAGAGAGCCACUCAAAGAUUCUUCCCAGUGUAUGAGAAGGUAUUAAAAGAUGGGAAAAAUUACCUUGUUGGCAACCAGCUGAGCUGGGCAGAUGUACAUCUACUCGAACUCAUCUUAAUGGUUGAAGAAUGCAAGUCUGAUAUUCUCUUGGCAUUUCCUAAACUGCAGGAGUUCAAAACUAGAGUCAGCAAACUCCCAAGGAUUCAGAAAUUCCUUCAGCCUGGUAGUCCAAGAAAGCCACCCAUGGAUGAUGCAUGUCUUGAAGCUGUAAAGAAGAUAUUCAAUUUGGAAAAAGGCUUGCUUUUUAAAUACUCGAGUACCGUAUUAGCUGACUUUUAGUCAUGCCCACCAAAAUACUAGGAUGUGCUCCUGCCGCAUUUCUAGGUUCAAUAAAUAGUAAAUGCGAUGCCUCCCUAAAGGUCUUGUUAUAUGCUGGAAAACCAAAUCUUGCUUAUAAAAACCUUGCUUUUUAUAAAACUUAGUUUGAUUAGAAUUUCACCUUAUUCAGGGCCAUAGAUUGGUAGAUUUUAAAAAAUUUUUAUUACAUAUUUAGGGCCAAGUUUAGAGCAAAAUAGACCUUAAAAGGCACUGAGUCUGUAUAGCUUCCUCAUUUUACCAGUGUGGAAAUUGAGAAAGAGAGGUUGAGUUAAAAGUUAAGACUUAUCAGAGGUCAUGCAGGCAAUAGGUGGUAGAGUCAAGACUCAAACUUGGGUCUCCUAUCUCCCAAUUCAACACUUUUUUAACUGUUGUGCUCUCUCUGCUUCAAUUAAUCGACAUUUUUCUGUAAAGUAGAAAUUUUUGGAAUAAAACUGAAAAUCAUAUGAAAACAA